AGUACAUAGGUACAUCUAGCGUACCUAAAUCUUGUAACGUUCUAAAUCAGCCACAAUAACUUGUGAACGUGUGGCUGUCGUAUUUUCUUGGAAGCUGUGACCCAUCGGAACUCGUCGCAUUUGGAGCUGCCCGACUGAUAGCUAAAUCAAGCUUAAGGUUACGCACUACAAACCUGUCGUCCUCAUUCUUCAAUCUACAUCACAAUAAGCUUUAGCCUAAUCAUCACAACUGUCAAGAUGUCUAACCUCGGCGGCUAUAUCAACAAGAAGGUCUUGAUAAUCACAGCAGACUCACGGACCCUGGUGGGGAACCUCUUAAGCUGUGACCAGAUGACCAAUUUGGUCCUUGGCCAGACGGUCGAACGUGUUAUCCGAACCUCCGACGACACAGAACCAUCCACAGAAGUCCCGUUAGGUCUCUAUCUUGUUCGAGGUGACAAUGUGUGCGUAGUAGGCUUGGUGGAUGAGUCACUCGACGAAAGCAUCAACUGGCAAGAGGUAAAGGGCUCGGCAAUUGGUGGUAUAAAGCACAUAUAGGAGGCGGACUCGGUAACCGAACCACGUUAUGGAAUAAAAGCUUUGGGUCCUUAAGAUCACAGAUCUGGCGUUGGAGAAAGGAUAUUUGCAUUUACACGAGAGGGGAUUCUGGAUGAUUCUGA